AUGAGUGCUGUUGAUAUUGGCCAGCGUCGGUCUUUCGAUGGCCAGCUAUGUACCAUCCGCUAUGUGGGUGGUGUUCAGGGCACCACAGGUGACUGGCUGGGUGUUGAAUGGGACGAUCCAACUCGAGGCAAGCAUGACGGCAAACAUAAAGGAGUGAGGUAUUUCACGUGCAAAAGUAAACACCCCACGGCGGGGUCUUUUGUCCGCCCCUCCAGGCCAUCAGAGCCACCAAGGAGCUUUCUGGAGGCGCUGAAUGAGAAAUAUGCCUCUGAGUUUGAGCAUCAAGAUGCACAAAAUUCCUUGGAUGCUAGGCUGGUCCCAAAGGCUAUUGAGAUCAGUGGCAAGGUUGUCGAGGAAGUCGGCUUCGACAAGAUUCGAAAGCAGCAGGCAGAGCUGCAGGAGCUGCAAAUCGUCCUGCUAGAUGGGCUACGUAUUUCAGGCGUGCUAUCUUCCUAUGAGCAGUCUGAAAGCUCUGUUGCUGAGGCCGCUGCGAAGAUCGCAGCUACCUGUCCGAAGAUUAUAGAAUUGGACCUCAGCCGUAGUCUGUUUACCCGAUGGCGGGAUGUUUGGGAGAUUUGCAAUCAGUUGAAACAGCUGAAGCGGUUGAGGUUAAAUGGCAAUCGAUUUCGCCCUCUGGAAGAAGGUUUGACAUUUGAGGGAAUCACCGAAUUACGUGUGGAACAGACCCUACUCACCUGGGACGAGAUUUCUGCUGUAGCGUCAAGGUUUCCUGCACUCACCGACCUCCGGGCAUCAGCCAACCAACUCACAACUAUAUCAUGCCCACUCGCAAACUCAAUCACGAGUCUAAACCUCGAGGGCAACAGCAUUACAUCAAUUUCCGCACUCAGACAUCUAGCCGCCCUCCCAAACCUCGGUCAUCUCUCCGUGCGUUGGAACAAUAUUAGCACAAUACUGGAAGACUCCAACGACGCCGCUCCAGAUUUCCACUUCCCCAAAUCCGUUUUCUCCCUCGAUCUCUCCCGCAACAGCAUCACAUCCUGGAAGUUCCUCAAUCACCUUCCAAUUCUCUUUCCAGGUCUAACCACCCUAAGAGUUUCAACAAAUCCUCUUUAUGAAGAACCUCCGCUCCCACCAUCCAUUGCAGCAGCUACAUCCACCUUAGGCGCCUCAAACCCAAUGACGGUCGACGAGGCCUUCAUGUUAACACUAUCCCGCUUCCCUCCCACCCUUCACAUGCUCAACUACAGCAUAAUCUCACCACAAGACCGUUUAAAUGCGGAAAUGUACUAUCUCUCACUGAUUGGCAAAGAGCUCUCCGCAACCUCCGAAGCAGAGGAGGAGCGAGUUCUUGCUACGCACCCACGGUACGCUGAACUCUGUGAGCUUUACGGCGAACCACGAAUUACAAGGGCAGUUGAAUCCGACGGCUCGGGUAAAAGAAUUAUUCAUCCGCGUUCUGUCGCUGCUCGACUCGUCAAGAUGGCAUUCUAUUUACCUCCCCAUUCAACGCAAAUUCUCGUCAAGGAAAUUCCGCACUCAUUUAAUACAUACCAAUUGAAGGCUCUCGUAUCCCGGCUUUUUGACCUCCCUCCAUAUGGAUUCAAACUAGUCUGGGAAACAGAUGAGUGGGACCCUGUUGCGAAGGCAACAGUUGAUGAAGAAGACUGGGCGGAAGAUAGUGAAGAUGAGAUGCCGCAGCCGUCUCAAGUUGAAUCUACAUCGGAAGAUUUUAGUCGGUUUGUGCGGAGAGAAGUCGAGCUCGUUGAUUCGACGAGGGAUAUCGGGUUUUUGUUCCAGAGUGAGACCGGUGAGAUGAAGAUUAGAGUUGAAGUACUUUGA